ACAAAAUAUAAAGAUAAACAAAAAACGGAGGCACAAUUCUGAAUUCUUAAAACAACCGAGUGGUCCUUGUUCUGAAAUGCCUGCGGCCUUGUCUCUUCCUCUGUUUCCAUCUUCACUACAAAACAGUUGCAGAGAUCGUUCUUAGAGACAGAAAGAGAUGGAUUUCUGCCAUGAUUGCAGGAUAUCUUCUUGUGAUUUCUUACAUACAAUCUAAUCUCAUUUCAUCAUUGAGGCUUCUGACCAUUCAAUCCCCUCGAUACACGUUCACUCACUAAACACAUAUACACACACACAUAAAUAAAGACUCUUAUUUCAUAGACUCAUAGUUUCAAUCUAUCUUCUUUACAGUUACAGUUUACCCUAUACCAUCACUUCAAGAUUUGAUUUUUUCCAAAAGGGUUUUACCUAGUUGAGUUUCUGGUUUGAUUUUGACUUUUUGUUGUGAUCUUUGGCCUUUUUCCCAAAGAAAGAUUUCCUUUUAACCGCUUUUUAGGGUUUCAGGGUUUCUUGCUCUGUUUUUUCACAUAUAUUUAUAUAAACCCAUUUCCGUUUGAUCUUUUUUCAACAAUCUUUUUUCACAAUUUGAUGAAGUUAGAUGUGAAUUGAAUUCUUGAAGUCUGAAAAUGUCAUCUUGCUUAAGUUCAUUAGCUUUUUAGGGUUCAGGGUUUAUCCUCUGUUUUUCAUAUGUUCAUUCAACUGGUUGCCAUUUUCUUCUCAUUUUCUUCUGUUCUACUUAUGAAAUUGGGUGUGAAUUAAAUUCUUGAUAUUGAAAAAUGUCAUCUUGUUUAAGUUCAAGAGCUUGUGGGUUUGAUCUUGAACACAUGGUUAAAUGGCAACCAUAUGGUAAUUCAAGCAGAACAACUUCAACUUCAAACACAACAUCUCCAUCUUCAACCUUGUCGAAUUCAAGCAAUUCCCCAGUCACAAUAUCGAAUCAAAAACCACGAACACCGCGAAAAAGACUGAAUCAAACGUACAACGAAGCCGCUGCUCUGCUUUCCAUGGCCUCCCCCAACAUUUUCAAAAUCAAACAUCUCCCCAAAAGAACCACUAAUCUUUCCAAAUUCAACAAACACCUUGACAAUUUUGGCAAUGAGCCACCGGAAUUAAUUUUUUUUAAUUCCCAAAUUUUUAAGAAGCCCUGUUUUCUAACCGAUUUGAAAACCCCAAAUUCUUGUCAAUUGGAACAGAGCAAGGAAUAUUUAGACGAUUUCGAUACGGAAUCGAUUCUUAACGAUGAAAUUGAACAGGGGAUUGAUAGUAUCAUGGGGGAUUGUACAGCAAUUUCAGAAAAUCAUGGAACAAACGACACCGUUUCAUCUGAAUUCCACAAUUGUUGUUAUGGGUAUCCGAUGGGGUUAGGGUUUGGGGUGAGAAACAGAGUGAGGGCAUUGAAGAAUGCCGAUGACCGGCAUUGGUGGAAGUUUCCGAUGGUGGAGGUGGUGAAUACAUCUCCGGCGGCUAUAGCAAAAAGUGAAAGAUCUCCGGCCGGUAAGAAGAAGAAAACGGUGCAGUUGAGGAAGCUGGUUUUGAAAUUGGAUUACGACGGCGUUUUGAAUGAUUGGGCGGGAAAAGGGUCGCCUGUGCCUGAAGAAAUUAUCCAUGCCAAAGCGGCUAACAUUGAUAUUUUCUCUGAAGACGGUGGGUGGAAAGAAUCUAGUGCAACGCGUUCUUUGGACAACAAUAAUCUCAAGAAGAUCCGACCCGUAAAAAAUGCCUACUCUGAUAAACGGCCCAGAUGCAAGGGACGAUUUGAUUUUGUGGAAAAGCCAAAUUCUUCAGUUUACAACGAGGUUUAACAGGGUGAUUCUGGUUGCACUCGUCUUUUGACUAUUUGCAUCAACUCCAUUUGGUUUUAUUUUCCAUAGUUGAAACCUUUUUUUGCACAACAAUAGUGUGUGUAACCACAAUAUGUACAUAUGUAGGAAGAGGAAAUAUGAAGUUUUAAAAUAGUUUUCCUUUA